AUGGCUAAGGAUGGAAAAAGCAGAUUAUCCUCCAGAGACGCUGAAGAGCUGAAGAUGUUCCUGGAUGAGUCCGCCAAAAAAAAUAUUCAACCACCCACAAAGCCUGGUAGGGAUAAAGGUGUCUUUAACAGCACAAAAACACAGAAGGAGAUCAACAAAAAAUUAUUUAAUGAGAUGUAUGAGAAGUCAAGAAGUGGAGUUUUUGACAUAGGAGAAGAAAGUAGAACACCUGACCUUCAGAAGAUGCCUUUGUAUACAUCAGAGAUAUCAACACUUACCUGUAAAGAGUUAGUAGAAAAGGGAUGGGGGAAGAGAAAAAGGAUGGUAUCAUCCAAUUUAGAGGUAUAUGAGAAAUUGCAGGAGGAUAAUAAAUCUGUAAGAGAAAAGAAAUUCAAGACAAAUCCCUUGAAGAACAGAAGACACUAUGAGAAGAAAAAAAUGUCAUUAAAAGAGUUAAAAGAAAGUAACAAAUUAACUUUGAGACUUUUACUCAAGACCUGUUCUACUGGAAAUCCUUACCUAUAUGGCACUUGUCUUCUCCAAACUCUUUCUGAGAAGAUAUAUUUGGCACUUCUAUUGGAACCAUUGUAUAGUGAGGAUGACCCAGAGUGGGACAGAAUCAAAAUGACCUUUGACUUUUAUCCAGAGAAACUCUGUCAAGGCCUGCCCAACUUGGGAAACACCUGUUAUAUGAAUGCAGUUUUACAGGCUCUAUUUUCGAUUCCACCCUUUGCUUAUGAUUUACUCUAUCAGAGUUUCCCAUGGAGCAAAAUUCCGUUUGAUGCUCUUAGCACGUGCCUGUCACAACUUCUUGUUCUGAAAGAUAUUUAUAGCAUAAAAAUCAAGAAGAAGUUACUUGUCAGUAUUAAAAAUGCCAUUUCAACAGUAGCAGAGAUAUUCUCUGACAACUCACAGAAUGAUGCUCAUGAGUUUUUAGGUCACUGUUUAGAUCAGAUGAAAGAGAACAUGGAAAAAUUAAACAAAAUUUGGAAGACUAAAAUUGAAUCUGAGGAAGAAGAUUCAUCUCAACAGGCUUCUGCUGACAGCGCUGUCAUCAAAAUGCUUGUUUGUCCUAUCAUCACUAAUUUUGAGGUUGAGUUGCUGCGUUCUGUUAUUUGUGAAGCCUGUGGUCAGGUUGUUCUCAAGGCAGAAGUGAGUAAUUAUCUAUCCAUCAAUCUUCCCCAAGGAAGAAAAACAUAUCCUUUGUCUAUUCAAUCUACUUUAGAUGUUUUUUUUGGAGCAGAAGAGCUUGAGUAUAAAUGUGGGAAGUGUAACCACAACAGAUCUGUUGGAGUGCACAAAUUCAAUAGGUUACCCAGGGUCCUCAUUGUUCAUCUGAAACGUUAUAGCUUUCACCGGUCUAGGUCAUUAAGGAAGGAUGGCCAGCAAGUCAUCAUUUCUAAAUAUUUAAAGUUAUCUUCUCAUUGCAAUGAAAGUACCCAGCCACCUCUUCCCUUGGACAAGAAUGCACAUAUUAAGGAUUUCCAAUUUUUAAAUUUUUUUCAAAAGAUGAAUUCUGACAUCUUUAGGUCAUUGACAUCUUCAACAAAGUUGACCUCAAAAUGCGAAGAUUGUCUGGCUCUACACGUGGAGUCAGAGAACGAGUCUGAACCACAAAAGUGCCAUAUUUUUGGGUCAAGCAAAGAACAGCAACAAAAUGACCUGGGAAAAUAUUCUAAACACAGUAUAACAGAACCCAUAUCAGCAAACUCAGGUUAUGGCACAGCAAUUGAACAAAAGCCUUUAGUACCAGGAUUAGUGAGGUAUCUAGAAGAUGUCAACAUUUCUGUGAUCUGUGAAGAUAAAGGUAAACCCACCAGUGGCUCAGACACAUGUCUUGCAGAAGUUCAUCUUCAAAAAGUGUCUAGAAAUCCAAACCUAGAGAAAUAUGAGAAAACCAAUGUGUUUGCCACUGUUGAUAGUGUCACUGAGACUACUAAAGAUUUUUAUGAGGAUAAAAAAUCCAGUAUUUCAAAAAAGUUCUCAAAUGUAGCUGGACAGAUCCAGCAGCAUGAAAAGAUGAGAAUCUAUGAACAGCCCCUUCAGGAGGAAUCGCUUCACAGCCAUCAGGAGCCAGAUGCCCAGUGGUACACAAAGAACCUUAGAAGACCUCCAGAAUUAAGUCUCCAAGAGGCCAAUGUGAAUUCCUUAGGUGCAUCGGGUUUCAAUAAAAACCUUGGGCACAAAGACUUUUUACCUAAGAAGAAAAAUGCUGAAGCCAAUAAACAAAAAAGAAAUUCCAAGAUGAGAGAUCGAUAUGCCUAUCAGCUGAUUGGUGUUGUCAGCCAUCUUGGGAAUAGCCUACAUUCAGGCCAUUAUAUUAGUGAUGCCUUUGACUUCGAGAGGCAGGCCUGGUUUACUUACAAUGAUAUGCAAGUAUCAAGUAUCCAGGAAGCUCUGAUGCUGAAGGCUAGGCUUCAUACUGGAUACAUCUUCUUUUACAUGCACAAUGAUAUCUUUAAAGAGCUGAUAGAAAGGGAAGGCAGCUCCCAGCCUCAUAGCAAAAGGGCAGGGAAAAAACAUUGGAAGAAAUAA